AUGGCCACAAAACAAGCUCAUAAGAGAUUAACAAAGGAGUAUAAGAUGAUGAACGAGAACCCUACUCCGUUCAUCAUGGCCCGUCCUAAUGAGGCCAACAUCUUGGAAUGGCAUUAUAUUAUCAAUGGCCCUCCAGACUCUCCUUAUUUUGAGGGUCAAUACCAUGGUACUUUGACAUUUCCAAGUGACUAUCCAUACAAACCACCAGCUAUUCGUAUGAUAACACCCAAUGGGCGUUUUAAAGAGAACACAAGGUUAUGUUUGUCCAUGAGUGAUUAUCAUCCUGACACAUGGAACCCUGGUUGGUCAGUGGCAACAAUUUUAAAUGGGCUAUUGAGUUUUAUGACUGGAGAUGAAAUCACAACUGGUUCGAUAACGACAACUGAACAGCAGAAGAAGAUACUGGCCAAAAAAUCAAUGGAUUAUAACACACACCAUAAUAUUAGAUUCCAGACUGUCUUUCCCGAUAUUGUAGAGACGAAUAUCGAGGCGUUAGAUGAGAGGAAAAGAGCAAAUGCUUCUAAUUCCUCAGGACAAAAUGAGUCCCUUAACGAGAAGAGAGAUGUAAUUGCAGAUGCAGCAAAGGAGAAACCGAUUUCAUUGGAGGAAAUCUUAGACCCUGAAGAUAGAAUACGUGCCGAACAAGCUUUGAGUUAUAAGGAACAAAAUAGUGAAGACAAUAAAACAAACAAUAGUAAUGGUAAAUACCCUUCGAUGUACAUAAUUGUUGCCAUAAUAUUCUUUGCUCUAGGGUUUAGUAUCAAGUCCAAAUAA